AACAGCAUCAUUUUAUUUAAUCUUGAACGAAGCAAAAAUGGCAGCCGUAGCCGGAGUGAACAUGGUAGCCAUGACAGUCUUCGCUAGGGCAUCGGAGCCAUCACCGAAAUCCGUGAGCUUCUCGCAGGUGAGCAGCCCGUGGAGGCGGAGCGCUGGUGUGCCGUUGAGGAGGAUGUGCGUGGCAGCGGCACCGGACAAGCUGACGGGAAAGGUGGAGGAGAGCAUCAAGGCUGCGGAGGAGGCGUGUGCAGGCGACGCGGUCAGCGGGGAGUGCGCGGCCGCUUGGGACGAGGUGGAGGAGCUGAGCGCGGCCGCUAGCCACGCCCGGGACAAGCAGAAGGACGCCGACCCCUUGGAGACUUACUGCAAGGACAACCCCGAGACCAACGAGUGCCGUACUUACGAUAAUUGAUUACUCUUCAUAAAUGUUUCUUGUGGAUUUUUAAGCUUUUUUACAUGUCAACAUUUCUUGUUAGAAGGUUUGGUGUUAGUUGGUUGUACGGUGCAACUGAUUAAGGAAUUAUACGAUACUUGUUCAACGUA